ACCUCCAGGCUGGCAGGGGAGCCUCAGAGCCCUGCAGAUGUAGUUUCUCAUGUGUUCUCAUGGGAAGUCCUCCCUGGGUCCCUGUCCCUUUCCUGCUUUCCCUGCUGGCUGAUAUCCACCCCUUUCCAACCUGUUCUCUCGCAAGUCUUUCUGUCUGGACCUUCAUUCUCUAGAGCCACAGAGGAGGCCAGAGUGGCUGCCCCCAACCCACAGGCUCUGAGAAGGCUGCCACAUUCUUCCUCGGGCUCCCUGGCUAGUAUCCUGCCUUCUCUUGCUGCCCCAAGACUCAGACCCAGCACCCAGGCCCCUUGGAGGAACUGGGAUCGGAUCCUCAUGUGCUUCGGGUCUGGGGACCUCAGAACAGCAUGUCCGGAUUCGAGUCAUCAAGAAGAAAAAGGUCAUUAUGAAGAAGCGGAAGAAGCUAACUCGUCCCACCCCUCUGGUGACUGCCAGGCCCCUUGUGACCCCCACUCCGGCAGGGACCCUGAACCCCGCUGAGAAACAAGAAACAGGCUGUCCUCCUUUGGGUCUGGAGUCCCUGCGAGUUUCAGAUAGCCGGCUUGAGGCAUCCAGCAGCCAGUCCUUUGGUCUUGGACCACACCGAGGACGGCUCAACAUUCAGUCAGGCCUGGAGGACGGCGAUCUAUAUGAUGGAGGCUGGUGUGCUGAGGAGCAGGACACUGAUCCAUGGUUUCAGGUGGAUGCUGGGCACCCCACCCGCUUCUCGGGUGUUAUCACACAGGGCAGGAACUCUGUCUGGAGGUAUGACUGGGUCACAUCAUACAAGGUCCAGUUCAGCAAUGACAGUCGGACCUGGUGGGGAAGUAGGAACCACAGCAGUGGGAUGGACGCAGUAUUUCCUGCCAAUUCAGACCCAGAAACUCCAGUGCUGAACCUCCUGCCAGAGCCCCAGGUGGCCCGCUUCAUUCGCCUGCUGCCCCAGACCUGGCUCCAGGGAGGCGCGCCUUGCCUCCGGGCAGAGAUCCUGGCCUGCCCAGUCUCAGACCCCAAUGACCUAUUCCUUGAGGCCUCUGCGUCGGGAUCCUCUGACCCUCUAGACUUUCGGCAUCACAAUUACAAAGCCAUGAGGAAGCUGAUGAAGCAGGUACACGAGCAAUGCCCCAACAUCACCCGCAUCUACAGCAUCGGGAAGAGCUACCAGGGCCUGAAGCUGUAUGUGAUGGAAAUGUCGGACCAGCCUGGGGAGCAUGAGCUGGGGGAGCCUGAGGUGCGCUACGUGGCUGGCAUGCAUGGGAAUGAGGCCCUAGGGCGGGAGUUGCUUCUGCUCCUGAUGCAGUUCCUGUGCCAUGAGUUCCUGCGAGGGAACCCACGGGUGACCCGGCUGCUCACUGAGAUGCGCAUUCACCUGCUGCCCUCCAUGAACCCUGAUGGCUAUGAGAUCGCCUACCACCGGGGUUCAGAGCUGGUGGGCUGGGCCGAGGGCCGCUGGAACAACCAGAGCAUCGACCUUAACCAUAAUUUUGCUGACCUCAACACACCACUGUGGGAAGCGCAGGACGAUGGGAAGGUGCCCCACAUCGUCCCCAAUCAUCACCUGCCAUUGCCCACUUACUACACCCUGCCCAAUGCCACCGUGGCUCCUGAAACUCGAGCAGUAAUCAAGUGGAUGAAGCGGAUCCCCUUUGUGCUCAGUGCCAACCUCCACGGGGGUGAGCUCGUGGUGUCCUACCCAUUCGACAUGACUCGCACCCCGUGGGCUGCCCGCGAGCUCACGCCCACACCAGAUGAUGCUGUGUUUCGCUGGCUCAGCACUGUCUAUGCUGGCAGUAAUCUGGCCAUGCAGGACACCAGCCGACGACCCUGCCACAGCCAGGACUUCUCCGUGCACGGCAACAUCAUCAACGGGGCUGACUGGCACACAGUCCCCGGGAGCAUGAAUGACUUCAGCUACCUACACACCAACUGCUUUGAGGUCACUGUAGAGCUGUCCUGUGACAAGUUCCCUCAUGAGAAUGAAUUGCCCCAGGAGUGGGAGAACAACAAAGACGCCCUCCUCACCUACCUGGAGCAGGUGCGCAUGGGCAUUGCAGGAGUGGUGCGGGACAAGGACACGGAGCUUGGGAUUGCUGAUGCUGUCAUUGCCGUGGAUGGGAUUAACCAUGACGUGACCACGGCGUGGGGCGGGGAUUAUUGGCGUCUGCUGACCCCAGGGGACUACAUGGUGACUGCCAGUGCCGAGGGCUACCAUUCAGUGACACGGAACUGUCGGGUCACCUUUGAAGAGGGCCCCUUCCCCUGCAAUUUCGUGCUCACCAAGACUCCCAAACAGAGACUGCGCGAGCUGCUGGCAGCUGGGGCCAAGGUGCCCCCGGACCUUCGCAGGCGCCUGGAGCGGCUAAGGGGACAGAAGGAUUGAUACCUGCGGUUUAAGAGCCUUAGGGCAGGCUGGACCUGUCAAGAUGGGAAGGGGAAGAGUAGAGAGGGAGGGACAAAGUGAGGAAAAGGUGCUCAUUAAAGCUACCAGGCACCUUA